AUGUUAGUAUCGUGGACGAAAGGGCCAUACAUCUCGUCUACGGCCAUGGGAGAGGGUUGGAAAAGUCAUCCUGGUACGAUUCGUCAAUUUCCCUCACUCACUCGAAGCAUCUUCACGGCGAGAAAUCGCGCCGAACAUGCUCGCAAGAGAAGAUACAUCGCCCACAGCUUCGCCCCCAAGUCUUCUCGUGCGGCCGAGGGGCCGAUCGCCGACAAAGUGGAGCUUCUGGUCCGCAAGUGGGACGAGAUAAUCGACAAAGGGCCGCAGUUUGAUGGGUUCGCGCACCUUGAAUGCAGACGAUGGUUCACAUACUUGUCGUUUGACAUCACCGGUGAUCUUCUCUUCAGCGAGCCAUUUGGAAUGCUUAGAAAUGGCUCUGAUCUGGUCAAGGUCGACAACAAGCCCGGGUCCUACGUGUCUAUGAUGAACAGUCUUGCGCAAAGGAGUGCCGCCGUCGCUACUCCUGGCAUCUUGCCCUGGCUGAAGCCCCAUGCACAUCACCUGCCUGAUCCGUUUUUCCACAGAGGCAUGGAUGGGCUGCAAAACCUGCUGGGCGUGACCUCCUCUCAUGUCAAAGAGCGCAUGGCUGCAGGACAAGACAAUCAUGAUGAUUGGCUCUCACUCUUACUUCGUGCGCGUGAUGACCAAGGGGAAUUGCUCAAAUUCGAAGAGAUUGCCUCCGAGUCAUUGACCUUGUUCAUGGCAGCCAUUGAGACCGUCAGCAACACGCUCUCUGCCAUGAUGUACUACCUCGCCACCUCGCCCUCUGCACUGAAAAAGCUGCAAACUGAGCUGGACGGUAUACAUGUGCCGGCAACAGUUGCGCCGUUCACCAGUGUCCGGGCUCUUCCUUAUCUAGACGCUGUUCUCAAUGAGACGAUGCGUCUACACAGCGUCCUCGGGAUCGGCCUCCCUCGAGAGGUGCUUCCCGGGUCCAAAGGGGUUCAGUUAGACUCUUUUUAUUUUCCUCCCGGCACAGUUUUGAGCGUCCCGAUCUAUACCAUUCACCGAUCUAAAGAUAUAUGGGGUCAAGAUGCCAAUGAGUUUCGACCUGAGAGAUGGGAGAAGCUGUCAGGCCGUCAGAAUGCUUCUUUUAUCCCAUUUGGUCACGGCCCGGCAGCAUGCGUUGGACGUAACCUAGCAGAAGUUGAGAUGAAGAUUAUUGCGGCAACUUUGAUAAGGAGAUACGAAUUUUGUUUAGUGGACUCUGGAGUGGAAUCUACAGAAGGAACAACACGUAAGCUUAUAAAAGUCAAUAUUGGAAUUAAAAAGCGGUAA